UCACCAUUCGUGCAAAUCGUACUUGUAUUGUUCGUCCAUAAUUAAUAUUCAAAAACUAGUAUGAUUUGCGAAUUGGAAUUUCAUCUCUCGUUUCGAAUCAAAAUUAUGAAUGAAAAUCGAUGUUUCGAGGUUUCUUCCUGAAUCUGUGGCAUCCAAUGCGAUAAACUCUUCGAUGAUGACGGUUAAUUUGCAGCUUGCCGAUAUUUUUCAAUACGUCGGAGGAGGAAGCAGGUUGAUAGUCGAAGGUGAACGGGUGUUUCAAGCUAACCACUUGCUUCUUGUCGGAGUUCAAACCGUGCACGAGGACGGCUUUACCAUAUUUGCGACUUGUUUGAAGUCAUCAUCACCUAGAGCUGAUCCACACAAAAUUUCCGUCCGCACCAGACCUUCCUUUGAAAAGUGGUCUUUUCAGUGUUCGUGCAAAGCUGGAAUGGGAAAAUGCAAACACAUAAUGGCCGUUUUAAAACACCUUCUAAUGUUCCCUUCAGUUCCAUUGCUUACAGUAACAGAUUAGCAACAAAAGUGGGGUAAAAUUGCAGAAAAGGUUGCUGACGAUAUGUACAAGACAACACCAUUGACCGCAUUCUGCAAAAAAAUGACGAAUACAAAAGAUACGACUGAAGCUGCCUCGCCGGCGGGUUUGACUCACGAUGAGGGUACCAACAUUCUUCAGCUUUUCGUGAAAGGAUUCCCUGAAAGCGGUCUGGCAUACGAAAAGAAAGGACGAGAAAUGAAAAAUAUUGACAAAAAUGAUGAAUCUGAUGUUCUGAAUACACUUCUCGAUAUAGAUGUGCAAAGUCAUUCUACAGAAUCCAUUGAUUCGUUAAUUUCUAUUGAAGAAAAUAUGACUUGCAGUCUACUUAAAUCCUUCCUGAGAAGAUCGUUUCAUCCUGAUAACUUCACGAUGAUUGAUCGUGAAAUAAUGGAAUUUAUAGGUCCGUUAGAAAAGGAUCUGCAACUUCAUUUCGAAAUUAAUGUGAAAGUAUCGGAAUACGAGUCUUUGAAAAUAUGUACAAGAACUAUAGAACAAAGAGUAUCAUCGCAAUGGAAAAAAGAACGAAGCCGGCGCAUCACUUCAUCCAGUGCAUACUCUGUGUAUACAUACUACACAAAUCAACCCGACAAGAACAAAAAUUGGAAAAGUAAAAUCCUGAGUAUGGUGACACCGAAACAUCUUUCAACACCAGCAAUCGUACAUGGGAUCCGAUGCGAAUCAAAAGCCAUAGCAGCAUAUGAGCGAGAUUACAGAAAAAACGUUUGGAGUUGUGGUUUCGUAAUACCCCCACAUAUUUCAUGGCUGGGAUGUUCUCCUGACGGAAUUGUUAUAAACGAAGGGAGAACAAUAGAAAUUAAGUGUCCAAAAGAAGGGGAAAAUAAAUCAUUGAGUGAUUUAAUUGAUUUUCUUCCCUAUUUUACAAGAUUAAAUGUUUUGAAAAAAAAUCAUCAAUAUUACGCACAGUUGCAACUAACUAUGUUCAUAACAAAAUGUAGAGUAGCAGAUUUUAUAAUCUAUUCAGAAUAUGAUGAUAAAUGCUAUGUUCAGGAAGUUCAAUUCGAUCCAGAUUAUGUUAGAACGAUGGUAGCAGUGCUGAAGGAGGUUUAUUUUAAUGUUUUUUUGAAAUAUCUAUAUUCGUCUGUUUAAUA